GCCUCCGUCAGUCCCUCUCGCAGCCACGAACACAAGACCCGCCGCUAAGUGCAAGAUUGCAGCUUCCACUGCUCGCCGCCAGCAGCGGGUUGGGGGUUUAGCCAGGGUUCUGCACCCCCCGCACCGCUAGCGAAAGCCAUGGAAGGGGAGGAGGAGAUAGGCCUCGUCCUCGCCCGCGCCUCCGACCUUCGCUCCAGGAUCUCCGCCUGCGCUGCCGCCGCACGGCCCCCGCUGCGGCUGGGCGCCGGGGAGGAGGACGACGGCGGAGAGGAGGCGGAAGAGGAGGUGGAGAUGGAGAGCCUGGUAGGCAUCAACGACGCGCUCGAGUCGCUCGAGCGGCAGCUCGCCUCCCUGCAGGACCUCCAACACCAACAAAGAUAUGAACGAGAAACCGUCCUGAGCCAGAUUGAUCGCAGUCGAACAUCUCUCCUUAACAAGCUGAAAGAAUACAAGGGAGAGGACUGUGAAGCAAUCCACGAGGCUGCUGCUUUUGCUGGUGAAAAAAUCGAAAAUGAUGAUGGUCUCAUCCUACCUCCUUACUCGGGCCAUGUCACCAAUUCAUUUGUGCUCGAUGAUCUCUAUCCUGCAAACUACGUGUCCAAGCCCAAGUGCCUGCACAAUGGACUGCGUUCUAAUGGAAUGACUGAAGAUGGUACAGGGACAAACGGGGUGCAAAACAGAAUUCCUAUCAUGUCGAGCCGUAAUUCAGCAGGAGGGAUCAGAUCUUUGAUUGGAUGGUUGGCUAAAACAGCGGUCAUGAUUGUGGGCGCCGUAUCAAUCAUGAAGGCUGCUGGCUACGAGCCCACAAUAGGGAGGAGCGGCAUAAAACUGGACAUUGCAGGUCUGUUGGGUAAAGAGGCGGCUGGUGCAAAAGAGCAGGUUCCUCCUACUCUACAGUGCCCUCCUGGGAAGGUAAUGGUGCUUGGUGGAGAUGGCCGGGCGCACUGCGUUGUGAAGGAAAGAGUUGAGAUCCCCUUCGGCAGCAGCCUUGAUGCCCCAAAUGCAAGCUACGGCUUAGGUUGAAUCCGGAACCGGGCAGUGUGAAUAUUAGGUUCUGUUAGCUGGUCCUCUUGGUGUUGUGUAGGAACCGCGUCCACGAUUUGUUUCUUGUAUAAUGCUCUCUACUUGGAUAUUUACUAUGUAUUUCCCUGUUUAGCCCUGAAUGUUGAGCGGCUUAUGUAUGAUGCCGCUGUUAAACCACUUGUCGUUCAUCGUCGUCAUGGCGGAUCCAUGAGUGUGUAUGUUGCCUGAUUGAUAGCAAUAUAUCAAUGAUUGCGUCCA